GUAUUUUAUUAUUCUGUUUUCGGGCUGUCAUGAAUGUUUUUUCGCAAUUGUUUCUGAAAUCGAGGCAGUUUCGCUAUCGUUACCAGAUGUAAAGGUGUGUCCCCGGUGCUGUGUUGCCCUGUCGGUGCUAGCGUUAUUAACACACGAUACUACAUCAAACUGUCACUCAGCUUCACAACAGCUCAGACGCUGAGGAGUGUGUAUGUGGCGUCUGGAGAACGAGGACCAUGGCGGAUGACAAGGAUGUGCUCCGGGACGUGUGGUUCGGGAGGAUCCCGGCCUGCUUCACUCUCUCUCCGGAGGAAACCACAGAGAGAGAGGCCGAGCCCUACUACCUGCUGCUCCCGCGGGUCAGUUACCUCCCGCUGGUCACGGAUAAAGUCAAGAAGCAUUUCCUGAAAGUCAUGAAGGCGGAAGACGUGGAGGAGAUGUGGUUCGAGUACGAGGGGACGCCGCUCAAAUGGCACUACCCCAUCGGUGUGCUGUUCGACCUGCACGCGUCCAACACGGCUCUGCCCUGGAGUGUGUCCGUGCACUUCAAGAACUUCCCCGAGCGCGACCUGCUUCACUGCACAUCCAACUCUGUGAUCGAGGCUCACUUCAUGUCCUGCAUUAAAGAGGCCGACGCUCUCAAACACAAGAGCCAGGUCAUCAACGACAUGCAGAAGAAGGACCACAAGCAGCUGUGGAUGGGGCUGCAGAACGAUAAAUUCGACCAGUUCUGGGCCAUGAACCGUAAACUCAUGGAGUAUCCCACCGAAGACGGCGGCUUCCGCUAUAUUCCCUUCAGGAUAUAUCAGACGACGAGUGACCGGCCGUUCAUCCAGAAGCUCUUCCGGCCCGUGUCUGCCGAGGGACACGCUCUCACACUGGGAGACCUCCUGAAGGAGCUGUUUCCCACCAGCAUAUGUGCGGAAGACGAGCCGAAGAGGUUCCAGGUGAUGGUUCACGGGAUCGAGCCGCUCCUGGAGACGCCGGUGCAGUGGCUGAGCGAACACCUGAGCCAUCCGGACAACUUCCUGCACAUCAGCGUCAUCCCGGCGCCCAGCGACUGACACACACACACACACACACACACACUCCUGAUCUCUCAUCGAGAAGCCUUACUGAGAGACGAUGCUCAUCCCACAUUAACUCUCUCGAAUCCCUCUAACACACGCUUACACUCGCUCAUCUGUGAUUGGUGUUCAGCGGCGGGACGAGAACAGAACAGGAGACUUCAGAUAAACGUGACGGGGAGAUGUGUGUGUGUGUGUUUCAGUUACUGUAGCUCUCGCUCACACACUUUCCUUUAAUUAUCUGGGAAUAAUCUGGUUUUCCUUCGUUUAGAGACUAAUAUUGUAAAUCAGAACAAGCACAUCCACAUAUCACACAGUUUCUGAGGAACCUUACAGUAAUUCAUUUCUCUUCUUCUCUGAGCGUUCAUUUACCCCCUGCCUGUGUGUGUGUGUGUGUGUGUGGGGGGGACUGUAGACGACACACAGCUGACUCUCAUUAUUGGUGUGUAGGAAUCGGUGAGUGUUUUCCCCGGAGCGACACACACACACACACCGCAGAGCUUACGCCACUUCUCGGCAGACUCUUCUACACACAGAGGCGUUUGUGUACACACUCUCAGAUGUUUAGAUCAUUCCUCGUAUAAUCACUGAAAUGAAGAUGUGCCGCCCGUCUCUAAUAACACGCUUCAGUCACAACAGUUCAAAUGUGCCGGAUUGAUUUCUGUCUUUGCUAGAUUCAUUUAAAAUGCAAUUAAUUAAAAUGCAACUAUUUUAUAACUA